AUGAAAAUUCAUCGACGUCAGAAAGCUUGCCUGUUUGAUACGCAGUUUGGCCGCAGCAAAAGCAUUUGCGGCGACAUUGCGAUUGCAGCGCAUGAUAUGCAUGUUUCAAUCUCAAGGUCGAGACAGUCAGAUGAUGAUAACAGUCAAGACAAGGCAGAUGAUAACGAGGAAGGCUCACAGAAUCUAAGCAUUAAAACUAUCAAUAAACGAGUAGCACAGAAACGAUUGGUUGCCUAG